UGGGAUUCCUUUAUGAGGUGCAACCAAAACAGCUGUUAGACAUAGCAACAGGGAUAUUCUGGCAGGGUGUCUGUCUAGCAUUAGUUCUGAAUACUGUUGUGGUUUUGAUCACUAAGAUGGCUGUGACUUUUGGACUCUCUUUGAGUGUUUCUUGGAUUUGUUGCCUGCUAAUUGGAGGGAUAACGUGUUCUACCCUUCAAGGUAAUGCUUAUGGGCAUCCUGCCUCCACUGGACCUGAACCAACUGGAGCCCAUGCCCAAGCGAAUGUGGUGUCUGUUCCAAAUGCUAAAGUUACUGGCCACAAAAGCCCGGCAAAUGUGACGUCGGGUCGAAAUGCCACAUCUGAAGCAACUGCCACAUCUGAAGCGACUGCCAUCCGCGCCUCAGCCGAAGCGGCCGGCCCCCGCGCCUCAGCCGAAGCGGCCGGCCCCCGCGCCUCAGCCGAAGCGGCCGGCCCCCGCGCCUCAGCCGAAGCGGCCGGCCCCAGCGCCUCAGCCGAAGCGGCCGGCCCCCGCGCCUCAGCCG